AUCACUUUAAAUCCCCUGUUGUAAUAAUACAAAUAAACUAUGGAAACUGAUUUAAAAACAUUACAUUCCAAUAUUCUAUCUAUGAUUGAUUUCAUAUUUUCCUCUCAUCGAAAACAAAAAAAAAUAGUUAUACACAUUUCAGACAAAUAUUUUGAAUAUCUAUCUACCUAUGAAUAACAAAAUGUAAUUGACAGUAGUUAAACGAAUUUUCACCAAAAAAAAUAGAAAAAUCUUUUUGUUUUCCAAUGUAACUAACUGGCUAAAUGAGGAAAUAAUCAUAAUCAUAAUACAUCUUUGAGAAAAACAAAAAUAAAUCCAUUCUAGUUUUUUUAUUAAUAGUCUCACCUGUUUCUUUUUUCUCUCUUUACAGACAUGUUUAUUCAUAAUAACUUAUAGUCAUCAUAGUUGUUAAUCAGCUGGAAAACAUGUGAUUGGUUAGUUUCUCAAAUGUGCUUAACCAAUCAAAUUAAAGUAUUUUGAAAUCAUGCUAAAACUAUCUUGUUACGAUGUGUGAAUAGAAAGAUAUUUUGUAAUGGCUAUAAUAAUAAAAAUAUAGAAUCAAUCAUUGUUCAUAAACACAAAGGAUUAAUUACUUCUAUAAACAACUUUCAUAAUUACAUAUAACAUAUACAUUAGACUAUACACGUCACAAUAUAUUAAAUAUGACAUAAUGAAUAAUGCCUUACAACUGGAAUAAAUACUUUUGGACAAUUCAUAUCAUUAUUUUUAUAAUUCUAUUAGAAAUUUUAUGUCAUGUAACUAUGGAAAGUUAUUUUGAGAAUAAUAAACAAUGUUUAUUUCAUAUAGAAUAAAAGAAGAACUCCCAAAUGGUACAUUAGUUGGUAAUUUAUUUAAUGAUGUUAAAACAUUAUAUGAGAAAUUCAAAUUUACCAUUUCAUCUUCAUUGACAACAGAAAUAAUAACGUUACAUUCAAUUAAACAAUUAAGAAAGUUUGAAUUAAAUCCUUAUGAUUUAAAUUCUAAAGAAAUAAGUGAUUAUUUUAAAUUAGAUCAACAAACUGGUGAUCUAUUUGUACAAAAUCGUAUCGAUUAUGAGCAUAUAUGCCCGAAACCUUUAGUUCAUUCUACCUCUUCCAUAAUGACUUCCUCUUCUUCAGCAUCAUUAUCAUCAAAAGGUCUUUCAAUAAUCAAUUCCAAAAAUCAUGGAUUAUUACAUCUUUCGCGUUAUGAUUGUUUAAUUAAAUUGAUUUUAUUUGUAAGUUUAAAUAAUUCUACUGAUGAACGUUGGAUCCCAAUUAUGAUUUAUAUUGAAGAUAUUAAUGAUAAUCGUCCAAAAUUUAUUGAAUUAAAUUCAUCAAAUGCAUUUGAUUACUUUAAUGUAACAAUAAAAGAGAAUAUUCCACUCGGUACAAGAAUUCCUUUAAUGAAAGCAUAUGAUUUAGAUACAAUGGAGAAAAAUGCAAAUAUUUUAUAUAAAUUAAAUUAUCCUAUACAUGAUAAUCAAACUGAUUAUUAUCGAGUCUUUGGCUUAGUAACAUGUUCCACCGAUGAAUAUAAUGACAAUAAUAAUAAUAAUAAUCAAUUUAAAGACAGACUAAUCAAAGGAAGAAGUCAUGAUGAUUCCCCAUGUUUAAUCAUUAAAGAUAGUUUAGAUUAUGAAAUGAAACAAUAUUAUUCCAUAGAAUUAAUUGCAUGUGAAUCUGGUUAUUCAUCUAUGGAUUGUGCAAUAUUACCAAUAAAGAUUUCAAUCAUCGAUAUCAAUGAUAAUAAACCAAAAUUUAUAUUUCCAUUAGAAAAUUAUUAUUCAUUAAAUAUAUCAGAGAAUUUACCAAUUGGAACAUUAUUAUUAAAAAUUGAAGCCAUUGAUAUAGAUAGUGGUGAGAAUUCACGUUUAACUUAUAGUUUAACACAAAAUUCAUUUCGAAAAAAAUUAGUUACCAUGGAAACCAAUAAUAAUGAUAAUAAUAAUGACUACUCAAAUAAUGAUAAUAAUCAUAAUCAAUCAAAUUCAUUUAAUCAAUUUAUAAUCAAUCCAAAUAAUGGAGAGAUACGUUUAAAUCAAUUAUUACAUGCUCAUGUAACACAACAAAUUGAAAUUAUUGUACAUGUUAAUGAUAAUGGUUUACCGAUGCAUAAAAUUUCAAAAACUAUCCUAUUUCAUAUCAUUGAUAUUAAUAAUCAUGCACCAAAGAUACAAAUUAAAAAAAUUGAUUGUAAUAAAUUUAAUAUAGAAUCAAAUGAAAUUAAAAUUUCAAAUAAAAUUGAAUCUGGUAGUUAUAUAGGAUUUAUAGUUGUUAGUGAUGCAGAUCUUGGACAAAAUGGUCAAGUAACCUGUCAUCAAAAAUUUGAAGACUAUAAUAAUCAUAAUAACUGGAAGGAGUAUUCACAUUUUAAAAUUAAUCUAAUCAAUAAUGGUCAAAUAUCUAGUCAAUAUCUAUAUACAUUACAAGUAAUAAGAGAUGAGUAUAUAAACAAUGAAAACACUGAUCUAUUCCAUUCUAAAAUCAAUACAUCAAUCAAUAAUCAAUCGGAAACAAAUUUUACACAAAAAUUAAUUUCAUUUAUCAUGAUUAUUACAUGUAAAGAUCAUGGUAGUCCAUCAUUUUUAACAACAUCAAUAAAUUUAAUCAUUACAGUGAUAGAUUAUCGAUAUAUUGAUUUAUGCUUUGAACAAAUGAAUUAUGAAUUAAUCAUUGAAGAAUCCAAUCAACCAUUAUUACAUUUAUUACAACCACAAUUAAUUGGUAUUGUAAAUCAAUUAAAUUUUAAUAUAAAACCUAAAAAUAAUCAAUAUAAAAUAGGUUGUGAUCAAUUGAAUAUAAAUCAAUUCACUGGUGAAUUAUCAGCACCAAAUGGUAUGGAUAGAGAAAAAAUAUCAUAUUUUAUAUGUAUAUUAAUAGCUAAAGAAAUUAAUAAUGAUCAUUUAUUCAAACAAAAUCGUAUUGCUCAUACUGAAUUGAUUAUUAAUAUUACUGAUAUUAAUGACAAUGAACCAACAUUAAAUAAUGAUAUAUUAUUAUAUGGUUUUACAAUAUAUGAAUGGGAUCAAUAUCAUAAUAAUAAUGAAAUAGAAAUUGAUUUAAAUAAUCAAACAAAUUCAUAUAUCAUUGGUUAUUUAAAUGCAAUUGAUUUAGAUGAUGGUAUAAAUGGUACAGUAAUCUAUAGAUUAGCACAAAUUACGAUUGAAAAAACGAUUGAUUAUCGUAAUGAUACAAAUCAAUAUUUAAUAAAAAUAAUGAUCAUAAUAAUAAUGAUCUAAAAUCAAUAUUUCAUAUUGAU